GGCUGUAAAGAGGCCAUAGACGCCCACUCCUGUUCUUAGGGAUGGGUAGAUCUAUAUUCUUGCACUGGUUGUUUGUAUGAAUGAAUUGCAUUGCUGUGUUUUGAGAGGAGCACGUGCCAAAGGACAACUGGUCUGAAUAAUCAUACAAGGAACAGGAAUUUUGAAUCUUUGCAAACAAACAUCCACUUUUCUUCAUUGUUUUCAGCUCUACAAAGUUCCCACUCAGCUCACUAGUCUCCAUAAUGUGUUUAGAUACGUGAACAUUCAACGGAGCCAACCACGCAUUGCCUGCUGCUAUCAGAGAUGUCUACAGAGACAGUGACUGGCCUCAAAGUGGUUGUAAAGGAACCAUGGAAACAUUUGUCAUUGGACUUGGAGGUGUAACGAAUGGAGGCAAAACAACUCUGGCAGGAAAGCUGAAGCAACUGCUUCCCAAUUGUACUAUAAUUUCCCAAGAUGACUUUUUUAAGCCUGAAUCUGAAGUGGCCAAAGAUGAUCGUGGAUUUCUGCAGUACGAUGUACUUGAUGCCUUGUACAUGGAGACAAUGGUGGCAAGCAUACGUUCUUGGAUGACAAAACCAGAAGAUUCUGCAUUGCCAAGACCACCCAAUAAUACACAUGAUGAUCAGACAGGAGCAAAAGAUAUUCGGGUCUUAAUUAUUGAAGGUUUCCUUCUGUUUAACUACAAGCCCCUUAGUGAUAUAUGGAAUAAAAAAUAUUUCUUAACAAUUCCCUACGAAGAGUGUAAAAGGCGAAGGAGCAGCAGAAUAUACAGUCCACCAGACCCACCUGGUUAUUUUGAUGGACAUGUGUGGCCCAUGUAUCAGAAACACAGGAGAGAAAUGGAAGAAAAUGAAGCAAGCAUUGUUUAUUUAGAUGGAACAAAACCACAGGAAGACCUCUGUUCAAGGAUAUAUGAUGAUAUAAUGCAGGAAUUGGAAGACAAGUUUAUCGUGAUCCUCCGAGAGCACUUAAUUUUCCCUUUUACACCUAAAACUGAAGUGAGCAAGGCAUUAUUAUGCAUGCAUAAACCUGGUUCCCAGCCUGGAGAGUUUCAUUACAAUCACUUAGCUUCCUUAAUGAAUCACUGAAGAACAUCCCAGCCCAUCUCAGUUGACAGAAAAACAGUAAAAAUAAAUGAAAAUGGGCUCUUCUGUACUAUGGGAUAUAUUGCUUGUGGUUCAGUACAAAAUCAGUUGCUACAAGUCCUUUAACUCCAUUCCUUUCUUCUUAAUAAAUAUUGUCAAAAACGUAAGAGGUGGUUAUAUUUUAUAAUUGUCUCUGUACUGAAUAAAGUUGGAGGUCACUUUUUGUAUAUAUUUAUGGAAUUUUUUGCUCACUUGUUAACUUUUCCCUUUUAUCACUUUCCUCCUGUCUAUAUAUAUUUGUUUGUAUUUUUUUGAAAUUUAAUAAAGUUCUCUAUUAUAGAUAUAUAUAAAA